AUGAUGAAGACUUCAAUUCCAAGAAACUCAAUUGCAACAGUUUCGAAAAGGGUUCGUUACUCCACUAUUAACACUGGAGUAGUCACAAAUGAGUCCGAGAAGAGCCAUAAGUUUAGAAACACAUGUUUGCUACUGGGUGUUUCUAUACUCUCGGUUUAUGGAGGUGGUGUUCUUUUGUCAGAACGGAAUGGGCAGUUUGGCAAUUUUUUCGUGAAUAGAGUUCCCUAUGGAGAAUCUGCAAUUAAGCUGUAUGAGAACAGAGGUGAUUUGAAUCUGGAUCCGAGCAGGGUCUGGGAGAGAUUGAAGGAUAAAUAUAGUAGCUUUAUCACAGGACGCACGGUGGGGAUCCCCGUAUACCGGCCAGAGUCCCCGGAAAAAACGCAAAGGCCCGUUCCCGAGAAGCCCGCUAAAAGAUCUUUGGAUCUCUCUAUGUUUGACGGCGUAGAAAAUAUUGAUGAUCCCAGAUUGAAGGAGGUUGCGAAGAACAUGAACGCUGUGAUUGCUAUGCUGAACGUUCAUGAUAUCCCCUUGAAAACUAAGGAGAAGAACGAGCUAUCUCAGGUUAUUGAAGGGCUGUUCUCUCAUUUGACCGAGUUAGACAGCGAGCUUGACAAAAAUAUUGACUCUCGCGUAAUAUCCGGGACAGAAGAUCGUCUGAAAGAGCUGGACAACAAGUUUGCUGGAGAAGUCGAAGCGAAAACUUCAGAGAUCAGAGCAAAAUACGACGAAAAAUUCAACCAAUUUAAAGAGGCAUUGGAAGAACGAGCUGCCGAAACACUAGCCACAGGAUUGAAGGCCAACGAGGACAAGCUAAAGUCUAAACAUGCAAAUGAGAUCGCAUUUUUGUCCAUCACUCAGGUAGAAGAAUUCAAUAAAAUCAUCACUUCCAAACUAGAAAGAGAGAGAAACGGUAAGCUGGAAAACUUGCUGGAAUUGGACUACAGGGUAAAUCAGUUUGCUACCAUCCUUGAUUCUUUAAACCAAAGACUGAUGAGAGAUACCGCUAUCACAGAACUGUUUUCUUUAGUGAGCAAGAUGAAGGGGAAGCUGGCCUCAUUGGACUCCUAUAGCAUCGACAUCGGUAGUCAAGCUCAACAUUUGGACAUGAUCGCUUCUAUCCUUUCGUCGACCUCCAAAAAAUGCAAAUGCUGUAGUAGUGCUGGGAAUAGUGGUGAUCAUAAGAACUGCCGUUGCAACUCAAAGAAGAAGAGUCCCCAGUUGCUCGACGUCGCUAUCUCUGAAUUGCUUGCGAUUACUACCGAUGAGAAAGUCCUAUCUAACGAGCAAUUGUAUAAUAGGUGGAGCUUGCUAGAGAAAGACUUUAAAACAGCCUCAUUGCUUCCACCAAAUGCCGGUAUUUUGGGUCACUUAACCGCUAAGGUUAUGUCCUUCCUCUUAUUUACGAAAAAGGGUGUUUCCGCUGAAGAAAACGAUAUGGACGCAGUAUUCUCCAAGAUUCAGAGCGAGAUUGGGAUGUCGGACCUAAAGAGUGCAGUCGAGGACGUAGUACAGUUACAAGGAUGGCCGCGUGUGCUGUGUGACGAGUGGAUAAAGGCGGCAAGAAGAAAGCUUGAGGCAGAGUCCCUGUUAGACGUUUUGGAGGCAGAAUUGAAGACAAUAGCAUAA